AUGGAUUUCAAUCAUCAUUCGGACGAAACGGAUCGAUUAUUGUAUAUCAUUUUGAUCAUAGUGGAAGUCACCGGGUAUAUUGUUCAUUUCCUGCUGGGAACGUAUUUCGUAUGGCAUAUCCGGAAUAUCACACUGAUUCAUGCGAAUUUGAGGAUCGUUUUGGUGAGUUGAUUUCUUCGCCUUUGCACAGUGCAUUUCGAACUUUUCACACAGUGCCAACUACGCAAAUUUCAGUGUGUAAAAGUGACGCAAUAUUUCUUCAUGGCAUUUGGUCGUAUCGGCGACCUAAUCAACACAUCCACUGAGAAAUCGCUCUAUUUGACCAAUUUUCUCUGUCUAAUCUUCAAAUUCAAUCAUGAUGCGGGCAUGAUCAUCACCAUGCUGUGUCCGUUGUGGGUGGCGGCCGAGCGAAUCUGCGCGACCAUGAUGAUCAAAACGUACGCCGAUCGCACAGCGAAUGUGGGAAUUUGGCUGGCGCUGGGGACGGUAAGAAAACGCGCGAUUGCCAUACACAAUUUGGGGUUUUCUAACCAUUUUUGAUCAAAAAUCGAUAUAAUUUGUAACUUUUUGGUCAAAAACAAGUCUAUCUCGAUAAAAGAUGACUCUAAGUUACGUAAAAUGCCUUCUAAAUUAUACCACGACGAUAAUUUCUCCUAUAUUUUAAAGAAAUUUUCCCAUUUGUAAUCUUUUUUAUACACUGGGGGCCUGAUCCAGUGGCAAAAAACGUACCAUUUUGCAUCCAGGAAGCAUCAAAAAAUGUGGCAAAAUACCUCCCUCUCCAAGUGAAAAAAAACUCCGAUUUCAAAAGCGCGCCCGCUCUUUUUUUGAGGAAAAAGAGGGCGCCUUCAAAACGAAGUUUUUUCACUUGGAAAGGGAAGCAUUUUGCCACAUUUUUGACACUUCCCAGAUGCAAAAUGGUACCUUUUUUGCCACUGGAUCAGGUCCCCCACUGUAGAAGAUUUUAAACUUUUUUGCCACAAAAUAUGGACUAAAGUAAUAUCAAAAAUUUUCAGCACAUCUUCGCUUUUACCCUUGCCGGUUUUGGCAUCUACUACGACCUGAAUUAUCAUGUUUUCGAUCUCGAUGGAUCAACCGGCUCCUGCCAAGUUACCCACCUCCACCCGGCGCUGAUCCCCGUUCUGUGGGCGAUGGUCGGAAUUAUCUUCACCAUAGCUGCUGUUGUAAGUUUAUUAUCAGUCUGUCGGGAAAAUAAUGUAGAUUCGUCAGGCCUUGGAAUCGCCCAUCAAUUUCGCUACGACAAAUCCACAUUAUUUUCCCGACCAACUGACAGUGCCCAAUUUUUUAAACGGAAUCUUUUUUAUAAUAUCAUUUUUACAGUGGGGGACCUGAUCCAGUGGCAAAAAACGUACCAUUUUGCAUCGGGGAAGGAUCAAAAAUGUGGCAAAAUGUUUCCCUCCACAAGUGAAAAAACUUUGUUUUGAGGGGCGCGCUUUUGAAAUCGGAGUUUUUUCACUUGGAGAGGGAAGCAUUUUGCCACAUUUUUGAUACCUCCCAGAUGCAAAAUGUUACGUUUUCUGCCACUGGAUCAGGUUCCCCGCUGAAUCUCUAACGCAAUUUAAGAUCCUAGUCUUCCUCUACCAACACAAUAUCAAAAUGAAAGCCAUCAAAUUGUCGACCAAUCUGACAGCUCGUUAUCAAUAUUCGGAGAACGUGCGGACUCUUCGCUUCUUGGUGCCGGCUUUUGUCGGUCUGGGAUCAUUAAACCUAUUGGCUGCGCUCACAAUACCGUACAUCUACAUCAAGUUUGCGCAAGGACAGGAUGUGCAGUUGAUGUAUCAGGUAAAAACAAAAAAAACAAUACAACUUUUUGGCCAUUUCCGACAAACAGGUCACAAUGAGAUCCCGAAUUUGCCAUCAAAAAGCAUCGGAGAGGCAGAAAGAACGCGUAACUUCUCAUCUUUAUGUCGCUGCAAUCCCUUUUGAUGUAAAAGUGGUCCGCGAAGUUCUCGUCUUUUAAUUUUGCUGCUGGGUCGAAUUUCGGUGCAAAAAUGGGUUAACGGUGAUUUUGAAAAAUCAGUGCCGACGAAAAUUAAAGUGUCCAAUGAUUUUUCAAAAUCAAUGUCAACCCAUUUUUGCAACGAAAUUGCAGCAAAAAUAAAAGCUGAGAACUUCUGUGGCCACCUUUACAUCAAAAGGUAUCGCAGCGACACAGAGAUGAGAAGUUACGCGUUCUUUCUGCCUCUCUGAUGCUUUUGAUGGCAAAUUCGGGAUCUCAUUGUGACCUGUUUGUUGGAAAUGACCAAAAAGUUGUAUUGUUUUUACUAAUCAACUGAAAAUUUCAGGCCUUAUACCUUAUCCCAGUUGGAUAUGGUGUCUACUUUAUAAUCUACGUGUUCUUCAAGUACGAAGUCCUCCGAAAAGCCCUCAAAAAAGACCUUGCAAAGAUUUUGCCAUGCUUUUUCCGCGAAAAGGUCAAGGUUCGACCCAACCCGGAGGCAAUGUAUGGAAAUGACGUGGACAAGACCACCGACUUGUACUGGAAACAAUUCGAUAAUGCGUGGCAAAAAGGUCCGGCCGAGGAAAAGAAACAGCUCACACGUUCUAAUUCCGCGAUGCUCAAGCUGAGCAAACCUCCGAGGAAGGCAAUAAAAUAG